UUCCCCAAGCACCGCAGCCGUGCUGGGGAAGAGGUUGACCCAUCUGGCCGUCGUUUCUUCCUCCUGGGCCGAUGCGAAUGUUUUGUGGCUGAGUCCCCUUCCACGCCCUAAAGGGACCGUCAGGUUCAAGUCACCGUGCCCCAAAUUCCCCGCCAGCCGCCUCCGCGGGAGAAAGAAAGAGGCACCUCCUUCCACCCCUGCCCGCAGCCGGAUUUGAAUAACCAGGUGUGAGCAUCAGCCUCCCUCGUUAAUACGUUUGAUAAUUGACCAAGCCGCUCAUUCCUGUGGGAGGGCGGCGUGCCCAAGCGCAGCUCGGCUGCUCCUCCGCUCCCCGAGAGCCCACGGCCCUGCCUGCCGCCAUGCCUGCCCGCUGCCUCCUCCUCCUCCUCCUCCUGGGGCUGCUCCUGGCGUUGGAGCCUGCCUGCUGCCAGGAAGCCCGGGGCAGUCUCCAGCCAUGGUCGCAGGGUGUCAUCGCAGUGGUUGUGUUUCUAGUCCUGGUGGCCAUCGCUUUCGUGGUCAAUAGGUUCUGGUGUAAGGAGAAAGUGGAAAAUGUCGAGACAGCGGUGAGCGUCGAGGACAAGCAGGAGGCUGUCAUGUCCAACGGCCACGAAGGGAGAUACCUAACCGCUGCAGCUGACUUCAGGUCCAAAGAGAGCCAGCACACCUAUGAGAACGUCCUGGAGCUCGAGGAGAGGGUGAUCACCACCGCCAUGUAGCAGGCGCUCCGGCCGGCCGACCUCCUUCCUCUUCUCACUUUGCUUCCCGUUGUCGCGAUGGGCAUUUUUGCAGGGACCCUCUGCACCGGCAUCCCUGGUGUGCAGCGGCUCCCCGACCUCUCCACGGCACCACCACCUCCUGAUCUUUUCCCUUCCCACCUGCGGGACGUGCUCUUCUGCCUCGGGGGCUGGUGUCCACGCUGGCAUCGGUCCCCGGGAGAUGUCUGGAGGUGCCACCUCUCCUGCCUGGCGGUCACCCCACCUGGUUGGCAAGGCUGACGUCCCCAGUCCCAGGGGGGUGCUGACCUGCUCCAGACUUGGAGGGGUCCCCGCUGGGUGCCUAGGACCUCCCCACACCCCCAGCCACUCUCGGGGGAGCUGCUGAUGAAAAACCCGCUCUCUUCUCCCCGUUUUACCCUCCCUUUUACGACCUACACCAUGCAUUUUAAUGUUAGAACAAACCUCCUCCCCUGUAUAUAUCUUCCCUGUGAGCAGUAAAGAGAAUUGUUGCCCCUAUGACAGCAAA